GAUUCUUAUGGGGCUAUCGUAGCCCGAUCUGCUACGUUCUUAAUAGGUCUAUAUGGUUAUUAACUGUAGUGCAAAUCACAUAUUUGAUUGAUCGUUCAAGAUGUUCAUAAGUCAUACAUUACCAGCUUGCGUUACUGUGGUAAUCGUGAUCGCUUCGCUUGCCAACGCUCUUACCUACCCGAGACCACCGCGUGGUACUGUUCAGGAAAGCUACUUCGGAACUACUGUCAAUGAUCCGUACCGUUGGAUGGAAGAUGCAGAUGCCGAAGCAACGAAAUCUUUUGUAACCGCCCAGAAUGCUCUCUCUAAACCGUACUUCGAACAAUGUCCGUUCAGAGAACAGAUCAGAGAUAGGCUAUCCGCAGUCUGGAACUACAGAAAAUCUGAUCCGCCACAAAAGUAUGGAAAAUAUUAUUUUCAGUAUGCGAAUGACGGACUACAAGAUCAAAACAUCUUAUACGUCCAAGAUGCUUUGGAGGGAAGUAACAUGAAUCGGCGAGUGUUGCUAGAUCCAAAUACAUUAUCCGAAGGUGGAACAGUUGCCUUAACCGGCACACAGAGUUUUUCCGCAGACGGUGAAAUAUUCGCAUAUGGAAUCUCUGUUAGUGGCUCUGACUGGCGAACAGUACACUUCCUUAAUGUAUCUACUGGAAGGACUCUGGACGAUGUUCUGAUCAAAGUGAAGUUCACGAACCUUGUGUGGAAGGGUAAUGAGGGCAUAUUUUACGGGCACUUCCCAGAUUUUGAAGGAAAUCCAGAAGGAUCUGAUACUGGAACAAACGAAAAUCAAAAAAUUAGUUACCAUAGAGUAGGAACCGCCCAGAGCGAGGAUUUGAUUGUUGUCGAGUUUCUUGACAAGCCAAAGAAUUUGGUUGCUAACAUGAAACUUACGAGAGCUGAAGAAUACUUAAUAGUAACACCAGAUUCAUCGUCUGAUGACGGUGGAGCAUGGGGAUAUAACACAGUGUAUUACGUUGAUUUAGCCGGUAAUGAUCCAGCUAAUUGGCAGACCCGUCCUCUAGUGGAACAGUUUAAUGCUGGAUAUAAUUUCCUUACGGAUCUGAAUGGCAUUUUGUACUUCCAAACCAAUUUAAAUGCGCCCAGAUACAAGAUUGUCGGUAUUCGUUUGUCGUCUCCCGAUCCCGCGUCGUGGACGACGUUGGUUGAAGAAGAUGCGCAAAAUGUUUUGUAUUGGGCAGCGCCUAUCAAUGGCGAGUACGUUCUGCUCAAUUACUUGGAAAAUGUGUCCAGUAAAUUGGUUCUUCGCUCUCUAAUCCAAGGCAACACGUUCAGCAAAACCAUUGACAUUGAGAAAGGAACUGUAUCGUCGUAUGCCGGCAAAAUCGAUGACUCAAUAAUUUUCAUUAAAUUUGAAUCGCAUGUUGUUCCCAAUCGAAUCUACAAACUCGAUUUCGCCACUCCUGUCGCCAAUAUUCAGUUGGAGGUUUAUGAAAAUGUGGACAUUGAAGGAUUCAAUCCUGAUUUGUAUUUGGUCAAACAAGUUUGGUACAGCAGCAAAGAUGGAACUAGAGUGCCCAUGUAUGUCAUGCAUAAAAAGGAUCUUACACUGGAUGGAAGUACACCAGCUAUGCUGUACGGUUAUGGUGGCUUCAACAUAAAUGUUCUUCCUGAAUUUUCUGUUCGUCGAAUCGUAUUCAUGGAUAGUUUCGAUGGUGUUGCUGCUAUCGCUAAUAUGCGUGGUGGCGGCGAAUUCGGUAAUGAUUGGCACGUUGGGGGUAGUUUGCUGAAUAAACAAAAUGUUUUCGAUGAUUUCCAAGCGGCGGCAGAGUAUCUAAUUGCUGAAAACUACACAUCAGCUUCGAAAAUGAUUAUUGAAGGUCGGUCGAAUGGAGGCCUGUUGGUUGGAACGUGUGUCAAUCAGAGACCAGAAUUAUACGGAGCGGCAAUUGCUUCUGUUGGAGUCAUGGAUAUGCUGCGUUUCCACAAAUUCACAAUUGGACACUCCUGGGUGUCCGAGUAUGGAAGCUCUGAAGAUAUCGUCCAUUUCCCGAAUAUCUACAGUUAUUCACCGCUUCAUAACAUCCGAUUCCCAGCCACAGAUGGUACUCAAUAUCCAGCUGUUUUAGUGACGACAAGCGACCAUGACGAUCGUGUUGUACCCAGUCAUUCGUACAAAUAUACCGCCGAAUUGCAGCACGAGAUCGGAUCAAACGAAAACCAGACCCAACCGUUACUCCUUCGGGUAGAAACCGAUGCUGGGCACGGUGCUGGAUCGCCCAUAAGCAAACUAAUCGAUGAACAAGUGGACAUUCUUUCAUUUUUAACCGAAGCACUUGAUUUGAGUUUCGAAGGGCAGAAAGCUCAUGGUGAUGGUGUUAACGUGCGUUACUCCAUGAUCACAAUGUUGAUGACAGUGUCGUUAGCUUUGUGGUUCAGACGAGGCUAAGCCGAGUUGCAACUAUUAUUUUGAAAGGAUAAUAAAACGGUUGUUCGUAGUGAA